AUGUAUUAUAGAGGUCCGGAGGAUGAUGAGGGGUGUGCAAUUAGGCAUGAGCAUUUGUUGUUUGGAACCUUGGUUAAAGGUUUAGUUAAAGCAAGAAGAGAAUUUCUAGAAGGGUGCCUUGAACAAGGCAAAAAGUGCCUCGGACAAGCUACGGAGGUGCACAAGGUGAGCCUUGUUCAAGGCAAGGACCUGGCAAAGAUUGCCUUGAACGAGGAGAGAAAUAAUAUACCAAAAUUAUAUUGUAUUGGACCUUUGAUUGCUAAUCGAGGGGAUAACAGUGGCGGAAUAAGGGACGAGUGUCUGAGUUGGCUUGACUCACAACCGAGUCGAAGUGUGGUGUACUUAUCAUUUGGGAGUAGAGGUGUUUUUAGUAAGGAACAGUUACAAGAGAUAGCUGAUGGGUUAGAGAAGAGUAAUGUGAGAUUUUUGUGGGUAGUUAGAACACCAGCCAGCGAGGAAAAGGAAGACAAUUUUUUAGUACCAAAUGAACCAAAUUUGGAUGUUAUCCUUCCAAAAGGGUUUAUAGAUAGGACUAUAGAUAGGGGUUUUGUAGCUAAGUUGUGGGUCUCACAAAUUGAGGUGUUGAACCAUGACUGCAUUGGUGGGUUUGUGUCGCAUUGUGGGUGGAACUCGAUUUUAGAAGCGUUGAAUGCUGGUGUGCCUUUAGUGGCAUGGCCGCUUUAUGCUGAACAACGUUUUAAUAAGAUUUAG